AUAGACGGCGGCUGUUGUCGAGAGACGCGCCCGGGGCCAUGCAGAACAUUAAAUGCGUCGUCGUGGGCGAUGGCGCCGUCGGGAAGACGUGCCUCCUCAUCAGCUACACGACGAACGCGUUCCCCGGCGAGUACAUCCCGACGGUCUUCGACAACUACAGCGCGAACGUGAUGGUCGACGGGAAGCCCAUCAACCUGGGCCUCUGGGACACGGCGGGCCAGGAGGACUACGACCGCCUCCGGCCGCUGUCCUACCCGCAGACCGACGUCUUCCUCCUCUGCUUCUCGAUCACGAACCCCAACUCCUUUGAAAACAUCCGCACGAAGUGGUACCCGGAGAUCAACCACCACGCGCCCGGCGUGCCCUUCAUCCUCGUGGGCACGAAGCUCGACCUCCGCAACGAUCCGGAUACGAUCGCGCGGCUCCAGCAGAAGCGCCGCGCGCCCGUGAACACGGAGGAGGGCGAGGCCCUCGCCAACGAGCUCAACGCCUACAAGUACAUCGAGUGCUCCGCCCUCACGCAGCAGGGCCUCAAGGGCGUCUUCGACGACGCGAUCCGCUGCGUCAUCGACACGCAGAAGAAGCCAAAAAAGAAGUCGAAGCGGUGCGUCCUCAUCUAGUCGGGCGGCCGGGCCGGCGCCCUUGCCCCGCCGCGCCGGCGCCUCGACCGCGCCGGCCGCGGACGGUCCC